UGGAAAAGAGGCAAUCUGUUUGCUGAUGCAACUCAUGAGUGUAUAUGGCACAGGAAGCCAAGCCUACCAAUCUAAUGUCGGCGUCAAGAUCAGUCAAGGAGGGAAUUCGUCUUUUCAAUCUACGAAUGGGCAGCUUUCUCAAAUUUAUGCUUCGCCUUCGAAAAGCAUUCGUCGUCAUGAUAAAUCUGAGUUGGCACCGCUACCAACAAUAUCGUCAAUAUCAUACGUUGGAUCGGGUGCAAAUAAUUCCUUGUCGCCGGACUUAAAAACUAGGUAUCCAUACAAGCCUGUUAACCUCCAGUUUUCCACUGACCACAUAAUAAAAGCCCGCAGGUCAUUACGCAGCCUGGAUGGCCAUGAAGCAAGCUGGCCAGACCGGAGUUAUUCCACUGACAAGGUUGAACCGUCGAAUCGUAAUGUACGGUGGACAAACAACUAUUCAAGACCUACCCACCAUAAACCCCCGCAAUCUCACCUUGCAAAUAGGCAUCAAAUAUUACCCAGAAGCCUUCAUUACAAUUUCAAGUCCCCCUUUAAAUCGCCUAUACAUCAAUCAUUUGGACAAAAUUAUCGCGGUCUAUACCAAAGGUCCGGACAAUUCGCCCGGGCCAUUGAAGCUGGUCAUAAAGUUUUCCCUGUCCAAAAUUACCAAUCCUCGGUAACAAGUUCUGAUCCGGCGACCAAGUUCGACUCUAAAUCGUCUCCAAUUAGAGGAACUGAUGGUGGUUUGCAAUGGUUAGCCAAGCCUCCUAGGAAAGUUGUGUUCGGCAACAGCACGGGAGCCAGCAUUCAGUGCCGCAUGCGAGUGCUUGAUGCGCUGUCUGCAGUUACUUGGACUUACCAGGACGGAAGGCCUUUGGCAAAUAGCGGGUUGGUGGCCGAGCACAGCAACGGAACGCUGCAGUUUGCGCCGUUCCCAUCGCAGGCGUACGACGCGGCGGUACACGACGCAGUGUACGCCUGUCGCCUCGCCUCGUCCCUCGGGGUGGUCGUGUCGACGCCCGUCGCCGUGCGCGCUGUGAUCGAAACUCCGUACGACGUCGAAGCUUACGACGCGCAUGCCCUUACUGGUAAUGUCGCUCUGCUGACGUGUGUCGUGCCACCGUACGUCCAAGGUUACGUCACGGCAACGUCGUGGGUUAGAGACGAUGUUUAUAAUGUCGUCCCUUCACAGUUUGGCGACGACAAGUACCACAUGACGUCAUCAGGCGACCUCCUGGUGUUCAACGUGGUACAGGCGGAUGGCGGUCCAACAUACCGAUGCCGGACCGUGAACUCAAUCUCAGGGGUUACCACGGUGUCCAGCUCUGCCCGCAUCAUUGUCACGGACUCGGAUCGGCCAUCUGCUCCCCGGGUGACGGGCACCCCGAGCUCCAGCGUGACCGCGGCCGAGGGUUCUUCCCUCAGCCUGCCAUGCGUCGCUCAAGCCCGGCCUGUCCCGACCUAUACGUGGUACAAAAACAACUCGCCUCUCGUGAACCACCACAACACACUUGAUCGUGUGAUGAUGAGGCCUGGGUUGCUGGAGAUCGCACCACUGCACACGAGUGAUGAGGGAGAGUAUCGGUGUGUGGUGAACAACACAGUUGGCACUGCGGCCAUCACCACCUACGUUAAAGUCACCACUCCACUUGUUGUCCAGGUGUCACCGGAGUUCGUGGAGGUGGACGCAGGCGAGGAGCUCGAGCUGCGCUGUGUCGUGACGGGCUCGCCUGUGGACCUGCUCGUCUGGUAUAAAGACGGACAACUUACACGCACUGGCAGCGCUGCUUCAGGAGGUGACGUGUUGCGAGUGGGCGCAGUACAGUCGCCCGACACAGGCGUGUACCAGUGCCUGGUACAGUCCAGCCAUGAGGCUGCCCAGGCCACCGCCGUCGUCAGGCUUGGAGGUUUUGCAAAAAUUUCGUCUCACACAGCCUCCACACCGCGCCUCGUGUACCGCUUCAUCGCGCACACGCUGCAGCCUGGGCCUGCCGUGUCCCUGAAGUGCAUCGCCCGCGCCACACCCACGCCACACAUCACCUGGACCCUGGACGGCUUCCCUCUGCCACAGUCACACAGGUUCGUGAUGGGUCAAUACGUGUCACGUUAUCAGCAGGUUCGUGAUGGGUUAAUACGUGUCAUGUUAUCAAUAGACGGAGAAGAGCUGCCGUCCAGCGACCACCAGUCUGUGGACGAGGGCGGGACGCUGCAGCUCACGGACGUGACGCGUGCGGCAGACGAGGGCACUUAUGCGUGUACGGCCUGGGACCGGCAGGGACGCUCAGACACGCAGGCAUUCACACUCACUGUCACGGUUCCUCCUCGCUUGGCCCCCAUCGUGUUCUCUAAAGGCACUCGUUCCGGCAUGCGAGCUCAAGCGACAUGUCUUGUGCAAGAAGGCGACACGCCAAUCACCAUUCGAUGGCUCAAAGACGGUCUUCUUUUGGAUCCGUCAAUUUCUCCAGAUUUGGAAAUAUCGCAGCUUAAUGAAUUCACUUCCGUGCUGGUCAUUGCCAUAGCCAAAGCGCAUCACUCCGGGAACUACACUUGUUCCGCCUCUAACGCCGGGCACACGACGCAGUCAUCGGCCAUCCUUUCAGUUAAAGUGCCACCGGAAUGGCAGGAAGUGCCCCACGAUGCCAGCGUUGCCCUGGCAGCAGCGCUGCAUGUGCCGUGCAGCGCUACUGGAAACCCUGCGCCUACUGUCACUUGGAAGCAUCAAACCGAAUCCGGCAACUGGAAGGCCCUGCAUUUUGCAGCUGCCAGUUUCGGAGUGAGUGCUACGUCCGGUACUGCGGAUUUGGUUGCUUUCCGGUCCUCGGUCUCGGAAAAGCAGCCGUUGAGAGGUGGUGGCAGCGGCAACAGCUCGCUUGUGAUAAACAAGGCUGAGCGCCGACACGAGGGGCGCUACAGCUGCCAAGCAAGGAACGGAGUCGGGCCUGGACUGUCCAAAGUCAUUACGGUGUCUGUCAGCGAAUCCGGCAACUGGAAGGCCCUGCAUUUUGCAGCUGCCAGUUUCGGAGUGAGUGCUACGUCCGGUACUGCGGAUUUGGUUGCUUUCCGGUCCUCGGGCUCGGAAAAGCAGCAACUGAGAGGAGGCGGCAGCGGCAACAGCUCGCUUGUGAUAAACAAGGCUGAGCGCCGACACGAGGGGCGCUACAGCUGCCAAGCAAGGAACGGAGUCGGGCCUGGACUGUCCAAAGUCAUUACGGUGUCUGUCAGCGAGCCGCCCUGGUUCCCCGACCCCCCCAAGCCGGUGGAGGUGAUGGUGGGGGACGCCGCCUCCCUCAGGUGUCGGGUCAUGGGGGACGCUCCGCUGGCCGUCUCCUGGACUAGCGCUGGACAGCCGCUCUUCUCAUCUCAGAGGAUUCAAUCGGAAGUGAAGGCGGAAGACGCCGGUGGGGUGGCGCUGCUGCUGACGGUGCAGCAGGCUCGCUCGGCUGACUCUGGCACCUACGAGUGUCAGGCGUCGAACGCGCACGGCGCGCGCACUGCGGAAUAUCAGCUUCUGGUGCAGGACGUGCCGGUGACCCCGUCAGGCGUACGUGUGACGGACGCGACGUCUCGGUCCCUCGUGCUGUGGUGGGACGCUGUCACAGCACCGGUCACGAGCAGUGCUGCUGUGCCUGUCAUGUCUUACACUGUCACCAUCACUGAUAAUGACGGAUCGGUGCGGGAAGUUCAGGCUCAAGAAGCCAGGAUUCGGCUGGACCAUUUGUCGCCAGCCACGGAAUACGUGUUGCGGGUCACUGCCGUCAACAGGGUCGGCAAGAGCAUCCCUUCUAAAGCCCUUCUCGUCACCACUCUUGAGGAGAAACCUACGGGUUACCCCAGGAACAUCCGGCUCGUGUCGUCAACUUCUAGAUCGGUUCGACUGAGUUGGAGUCCUCCGUUCCCCAACGCAAGCCACGGCAGCAUCUUAGGGUACCAGCUUGGUUAUACCGAUAACAGCUUCGCCCAAGACGGCCAAAAUCGCCCCUACAAUUUCACAGCCAUCGACCUUUCUGAUUUGACAAUCAACAACCAAGGAAAUUCAGACGGUUCUUACGCAGCAGUCAUGCAAUACCAGCCUGAUUCGAGCAUCUCUUCCUUAGAAACAGGAUCCAAUAACCUAGAAAACAAAUCCUCUAGCCCGGUCGCUAAAAUUGUCAACGUCCAGCCAAGCGGAGUGGUUGAGAUUUCAUUGGAAAGUCUCUCGCCGAACACACGCUAUGCGAUGCUAGUGCGAGCCUUCAACGCAAAAGGUCUCGGACCGCCCUCACCAGCAGUGACUGUCACUACAGAUGAAGAUCGACCUGAUGCCGCACCUUCGGAGGUCAGCUGCACACCCACGACGUCAUCGACCCUGACGGUGGCCUGGUCGCAGCCUCCCGCCAGGGGCGCUAACGGCGUCAUCACGGGCUACCGCGUGGCCUACGUUAAAGUCCAUCGAAAAGAAGCUCGCUGGGGGGAACUGAAUGUUCCAGGAAAUCGUUCGUUCAAACCAAAGCCUGGACAUCGCUUCCUUCCUUCAAUGACAAACUGGGAUUCUCUCAGUUUUGAUUAUUUGGCAAACACGGGAACUUUUGUCAAUUCACCCAUUCCUUAUGGCUGGCGCAAGCCAGGCAGCGUAGGUGUGUCGGAGGGCGGCGUGCUUGUCGUAGGUGAUGGCACUAGCGCCAGACUCGUGUCGCUCUCCGCCUUCACCAACUACUCGGUGGUGGUGGCAGCUGCCACGAGGGUGGGGGUUGGAGUGCCUUCUGAAGCCCUCGUCUGCACCACCCUGCAAGACGUACCGUCAGCCCCAGAGAGCAUAAAGGCUGUAGCUGUGGGCCCUCAUAGCGCUAUCGUGGCCUGGCGGCCGCCGCUGAGGACCAAUGGACUGGUGACCAAAUACACCGUCCGCUGGAGGACACCAGCAGAUGCUAAGACUUGGCCAUCGGACCUCGUUUCUACCAAAGUAGUCGACGGAGAAGAGCGAACAACCACGGUGCAUGACUUACCACAAGAAGCUAUUGAGUUUUGGGUCACAGCUUCCACCGAAGCCGGUCAAGGAGAACGCAGCAACGUUGUUACAGUGCACCCCUCCAAUGUUGUGAGGGCAGGCGUGUGGUCGGUGGGGGGUCGGGUAAGCGUCGCCUGGAAGACUCCAGUGGAGCUGCCGUGCGCCGCGGUGGGGGAUCCUGCCCCCCAUGCUCAAUGGACCGUGCAAGGCUCCCCCAUUCAAGAAACUAGCAACAUGUGGGUGUCCCGCAACAACUCAGUGCACAUCAAGAGUUCAGAGCAGCAGCACAGCGGCCUGUACUCCUGCACAGUCACCAACACGCAGGGCUCUGACAACGUCUCUUACGUCCUCGCUGUGCUCGUUCCUCCCUCAACUCCAACACUUCACGUGACCGAGAGCACGCACUCCUCCGUGCGACUUCAGUGGUCGACUGAGACCGACCCUGCGGUUCCUGUGCUUUAUGCUACCCUCAGUUACAUCUCAGCAGGCAAGUCAGUCUCGGAAGAAGUGCGGGGCUGGAAUCACGUCGUGGACGGACUGGCGUGUGGGACAGAGUAUACGUUCUCCAUCACAGCAACAAAUGAGAUCGGCACAAGCGAGCCCUCCGCAAAUGUGACGACUCGUUCUAAAGGCGUGGCGCCCAAAGCCCCGUCAGCGUUCCAGUUCGUGACGAGCAACAGCACCCACGCGACGCUGUACCUCGCUCAGUGGCAGGCGGGUGGCUGCGACAUCACCGGCUUCUCGGUCGCCUACAGACGCAGCGCCAGUCAAGGAUGGCACGCUGUAACUCAAUCGAUGACCCCAGUGCGCACUUACACGGUGCUCGCGCCAGAGCCUGGAGCCUCUUACCAACUGCAGGUGACAGCGCACAGCCCUGCUGGCGACACAACCGCCCACUAUGACGUGCAUGGGGCAACUGAGGCCAGUGCGUUACCGACGCUAGGCAGCCGUUACGGCGACGUCGAGGGGACGUCGUGGACGGAUCCUCGCCUGGCCGUGCCCGUCACGGUCAGCGUAACGGCCGUACUCAUGAUUAUCGCGGCCGUCAUCGCUUGUUCCUAUCGCAAACGCGUUCAUUCAUCAAGCAACGACGAAGGCUCUGUGAAGGAAUCGACGUUCAAGAAAAGUCCCGCAGAUCACGCCGCGUAUCCUGCCGCGUUCCAAGACUACAACGUGCAUCGCUUUGGUCCUGGCCAGCUGGACGAGAAGACGCCCAAGAUCUACCACUACGCGACACUGCACAAGACUGAACCCCUGAGGGCUGCUCAGGGACCCACCGCAGUGCCGUCGUUCCCUGACAAACAUGUCACUUACCAAGCCAUGUCCUCGAACAUCGAUAAUCCUCUACUUCACUCCUCCUUCUUCCGUGACAUGGAUAAUGGCACUGGUGGGGAUCCAAGAAGAGAUCCCGAUCGCCUGAUGCGUGGUGAACGCAGAUCAGAUUCGUUUAAACACAACGAUGGCUUUGACCGACGGGGUCAGGUUGGCCGAUAUGACCACAGGGAUCAUCUAAGUGAUCCUCGUAACAGUGUAAAUAAUCUACCAGCAGAUCAUGAUAUCGGAUCUGCUAGAGGUGUGAUGCCUUCUUCGUAUAGCGGAGGCGGAAUGCCACAAACGCUCAAGAGGCAAAACUUCGUGAGCGUGGCUGAGGAGUCGGAGCAGGAGAGCUAUGCGUCUUUGGUAUAUGCCGCUCCUUCGCUCAAUAACGUCGAUGGCUCCAUCACUACGGACGAAUGCUACGGAGAGCUCAGGGGAAGCUCGGCAUCCGAGAAAGACUACGGAACUGCGAACUUCUCGGCCGGACCCAACAGCGGGGACGGUAAGUUACCGCAACCUUCUGCUGCUGCUCCUCGUGUCAGCCAACAAGGACUAAGGCACAAGCCGCACUGCAAGAAACCUGACGGCGUCAAGCAGGGUAACAAAAUAAAGCUCAAACCCCUUUUGGGGAAGAGAAAGCAAACUAAUGAACGUUCCGACAGCCUUGGUCAAUAUUUGUGAUUUAAUUUUCGAAUCGGUCUGCAAAAUCUUUAGUUGAAAGUUACUGAAUUGGAGAACGGUAUAAUUUCAACACUGUGAUUGUGAAAGGAACGUUUAUUGCUAUCCUCAAAAGAUGGAUUUUGUCCGUCGUAUUCUCAUAUGUCAGAACGAAGUGUGAGCUCAUUUAAUAACAAUGUCUCUUGCCGUAACUUGUUUGCACAACUCCAAGUUAAAUAAGAUUGUAAGCUCUCACAUUUUCAAUUCACCUUCCUUGUAAUAAGUUUUAGGUACCAUUUGAAGUUGUAGUUCAAUCUGAACAAAAAUUAUGUUGUCCCCUUUAAAAUCAUUUCGCUCACUUAUUGGUACAUAUCAUUAUCGAUUAAAAACUAUUAGAAAUACCGGGAUAAUAUAUAACUAUAUUGCGAACUGUAUAUUAGGGAUUUUGU